CCCAAUUGCAGCUCUUCAUCUCCUUUCACGGAACACAGACAAGACGAUGAAGCCAACGAUUUCACGGUCUCGAAUUUCCCUCUCUCCCUCUCCUCUCUCUCUCUCCUCGUUCUUUCUCUGUUCUCUCUUGUGCGCGUCUUUGGCGUGCGCCAAUUUGUUGGACCAAAUUGAGCACUGCGAGUUAGAUUGCCAAAGUGAAACGGUGGAUGGGCUGAACGUAGUUGGUAACUGCCAACCAAAGUGUUCCCAGGGACUCACAAUUCCAAGCCACAUAGAGAAAGAAGGACAAGAAGCCAUCAAAAAAUAUUUGGACAAUCUAUUCAGUAACGCGCUAUUAGGCGUUGACUCAAGCGCAACUGACCAAUCUCGCAGCAAAACACCCAUUAAGCACGACGGUGAGGAUAAAAAUAAUAAGGAUGUAGAAAAAUCAGCUUAUAAGAAUGGUGGGGAAGAAGAAUUGUUAGAUGGUGAUAUUGAGGUGAAUGUAGGCCUUGAGAUUGUGGGUGAUGGAGAGUAUGUUCUGAAGAUAAAGAGGGUUAUUUCAACUUCAAAUGAUGAGGUGGAAAGGGCUAAGCAAAUGGCUCAAAACGGAGCCAUGUUGUCGCUUUAUGGAGAGAUACUCCGAGACAUGGGCGAGAGAAUGCUUGCGCAGUCACAAGCUUCUCUUUACUCUAUAUUUAAAAUGCCUGUACCUCCCAAAUCGAUGUCUGAUGAAUGAUCCUAUAUAAUGUAUUAGGAUUGAUCUUAUUUU